AUGCUUGAUGAACCUUAUUACCGCAAACUUAGAUCCGAUUGGGGAGGCAGAAUUGAAUUUCUAAUUACCGGAAGCGCAUUUUUACCAAAAGAAAUCUUUUCAUUUCUCCGUGCUGCCUUUAACUGCACUGUUAUAGAGGGCUAUGGCGCAACAGAGACAGGCGGGCCUGUGACGGUCACUCUAGCACACGAGACGCGAGGGGAAGUAGUAGGCCCCCCGGCUACUUCGUGCAGAAUAAAACUCGCGGAUGUUCCAGAUAUGGCUCUGGUUGCCUUUCGAGACAAUAAAGGAGAGGUAAACUAG